CACAAAUAUCUCAUAAGUCAUUCAUAAAAGCCUUCUUUCUCCCGGCCAUCACAAAAACACAACCAUUCGAACAAAAAGUUGGAGCCAAGUAUUCCUUCAAAAUUUUUAACCAAAAUAAAAUAAAAUAUAGUACCCAUUCAAACCAAAUUUCAGCCGUUGUAAUCUAAAUCUAUAUCCAAAAAAAUGCUCUCUCGUCUCAUCCCAAUUUUUCAGGUUUUUCAGGUUGUUAGUGCUGUCAUUGUAACUGCAGUCUUGUUUGCUUUGGCCGGCGUAACCCUCGCCGUCUCAGUCGUGGGAUUAAUCGUAGCCACACCUCUUUUCGUGAUAUUCAGUCCGGUUCUCGUACCAGCAACUAUAGCUACCACUCUCUUAGCCACCAAUCUCUCGGCCGUUGCCUUAUUUGGAGUGACGGCGGGUGCUCUCAUAGUUUGGCUCCUUAAGCAUAGAAUGGGAGUACACCCGAAGAAUAAUCCACCUCCAGCAGGAGCUCCACCCACCGAAGCAGCUAAACCAGCUGGUGGAGCAAUAGAUAAACCAAAUGAUAAACCAGCUGGAGAAGCAACAAGUAAGCCAAAUGAUAAACCAGCUGGAGGAGCAACCGAUAAGCCAGAAGAUAAACCGGCUGGAGGAGCAGCAGAUAAGCCAGGAGGUAAACCGGCUGCAGGAGCAGCAGAUAAGCCAGGAGGUAAACCGGAUGGAGGAGCAACAGAUAAACCAGGAAGUAAACCAGCUGGAGGACCAGCACAUAAACCAGAUAAACCUGCUGGAGGACCAACAAAUAAACCAGGAAGUAAACCAGCUGGAGAACCAGCUCAUAAACCAAAAGAUAAACCCGCUGGAAGACCAACAGAUAAACCAGGAAAUAAACCAGCUGGAGGACCAGCAGAUAAACCAGCUGGAGGACCAGCAGAUAAACCAGCUGGAGGACCAGCAGAUAAACCUGCUGGAGGACCAACAGAUAAACCAGCAGAUAAACCGACCGGAGGGGCAGCAAAUAAACCUGCUGACGGGGCAGCAAAUAAACCUGCUGGCGGGGCAGCAAAUAAACCGGCUGAAAAACCAAAAAAAUAAACCAGUUGGAGCAUCAACGGAUAAACCAGCUGGAGAGAAUAAACCUCCCGCAUGGUAUAGCUGAAUGGAGUAGUUUGGGUUCCAUAAAUUAUUCCUAAUUUAUCCUAAACUACAUGUUUCAUAAUCAUUUCUAUGAAUGUACGACAUGUUACAAGGAAAUGAUAACCAGUGUACAAAUUUUCUUUGUAAAUUUAUUAAAAUGAUGUGGUUAUCAUUAUAA